CAAAACUACACUUUCUUGUGAUCCUGUUCUCUCCACCAUUAUUAUUAAGAGAAGUAGAGAAGAUCAUCAUCACCCUUCUUGAAAGAAAGACAAGUUUUAGAAAUGAAAACUCUAUUUGUAAUAGGUGGUGGUGGUGCUUCUGCUUCUUCAUCUUCAACCUUUGCUUUUCUCUUAGCAACAUUUCUCAUUGCUUCAUGCUUCCUCUUCCAAAUCAACCAAGCGCUCAUCAUUCUACCUAAGAACUUAUCGGUUCCUGCUGUGUUUGGCUUUGGAGAUUCCAUUAUAGACCCAGGCAACAAUAAUAAUAUCAAGACGUUGGUGAAGUGCAACUUCCAUCCCUAUGGCAAGGACUUCAAGGAAGGGAUCCCUACUGGAAGGUUUUGCAACGGAAAGAUCCCCACUGACUUCUUUGUUGAAGAGAUGGGAAUUAAGGAGCUUUUGCCUGCAUAUCUUGACCCGAGCUUGGGACCUCAAGAUCUCCUUACAGGCGUAUGCUUUGCCUCAGGUGCUGCUGGAUAUGAUCCCCUUACAUCUGAGAUUGCGUCAGUGGUGUCAUUGUCGGAGCAAUUGAAGUUGUUCAAGGAGUACAAAGAGAAGCUGAAGAUGAUAGCUGGAGAAGAGAGAACAAGGACGAUCAUAUCAGAGAGCUUAUAUGUUUUAUGCGCAGGGAGUGACGACAUCGCCAAUACGUACUUUCCUACUCCUUUCAGGAGAUAUAAAUAUGAUGUCCCUGCCUAUACUGAUCUCAUGCUCCAUUCAGCUUCAAGUUUCAUUCAGGAUCUGUAUAAUUUGGGGGCGAGAAGGAUUGUUGUUCUGGACGUCCCACCUAUAGGAUGUGUGCCAUCGCAGAGAACCCUAGCAGGAGGGAAAGAAAGACAGUGUGGAGAGAAAGAAAACCAGGCAGCUUUGCUCUUCAACUCUAAGCUGUCUACCCUGAUUGACUCCCUCGAAAAGAAGCUCCCACAGUCCAAAAUGCUUUUUGUGGAUAUCUUCAAACCCCUACUUGAUAUCAUCCAAAAUCCUCUUUCCUAUGGCUUUGAUGAGGUGAGAGAGGGAUGCUGUGGCACUGGAAAGCUGGAGGUUUCAAUACUAUGCAACGACUUGGUUCCUGUGACUUGCCCAGAUGACUCCAAGUAUCUAUUCUGGGAUAGCUAUCAUCCCACUGAGAGUGGCUACCGAGUACUUACCACCAUCAUCAUCAAACAAUACCUCAAUCAAUACCUCAAGCGCUUCUAAAUUCAAUCCAAAAAGUGACAGGUUCACAUUCUUUGGUUUUCUAAAGUUUUUGUGCCCAUCUGGGUUUUAUCUCUAUAUUAGUUUGGUCUUAUUAUUCAUGCUGGAUUCUUCAAAUUCCCUUUUUUUGAUCCCCCCCAACCCAAAUGAUGAUCGGGUCAGCGCAUAUAUUAUUGUAUUAGAUUAUAAUGGAAUAUGAAGUGUUGAUUAUGCAUUAUAGCU